CCCUUCAGUGUUUACACGUGCAAGGGCUGGCGUGUCAACAGUUGCAGAGGUUUUCAAUAGUACGGUUUCACAAGGCUAUUAUUGGCCUAAUAUUGAUAUCAUUUUAAUAUUUUGAUGUAGACCGCAACAAUGAGCUCUCAAAUAACAUGCGUAGGUUGGGUGAAAAGAGGAGUCGCAAAGGAAACACCCGACAAAGUGGAGUUAAGUAAAGAAGAGCUUCAGAGAAUUAUAGCUGAGGCCAAAGAGGAGUUGGGCGAGGGUGCUGGUGAUGGUGACAGUGAAGAGGAUGAAGGCAUGGGUAGCGAGGAGCCAGAGGGAGCUGUAACCGUCAAGGAAGAGGAUGUGGCCGAGGAGGACAAGGAUGAGCUGGCCGAGUAUGAACUUGACAAAUAUGACGAGGAGGAAUCAGUGACGGCCAACCUUGGUGAUAGUCUGGCUGGACUUACUGUGUACGGAACCAAUGAGGAGGACCCCUACGUCACUAUCAAAGACACAGAUCAGUAUGAGAGAGAGGACUUCCAGGUCAAAUCCAGUGAUAACUUGAUCUUGGCAGGCAGAGCUGAGAAGGACUGCUGUAACCUGGAAAUCUACAUUUACAAUACAGAGGAGAACUCUCUGUAUGUUCAUCAUGACAUCCUCCUGCCAGCUUACCCUCUUUGUGUGGAGUGGCUCAACUUUGACCCCAACCCUGAAGAGACCACAGCCAACUAUGCAGCGAUCGGCAACAUGACUCCCGUCAUCGACGUGUGGGACCUGGACGUGGUGGACUGCUUAGAGCCCGCCUUCACACUUGGCAGCAAGAAGAGCAAGAAGAAGAAGAAAGGCAAAAAGGCUGCAGCUGCUGCAGAACCAGUCGAGGGCCACACUGAUGCUGUUUUAGAUAUUUCCUGGAACAAACUUGUUAGGAAUGUGCUAGCGAGUGGAUCAGCAGAUGAGACGGUCAUUCUAUGGGAUCUGACCCAGGGAAAGCCUGCCACCACAUUAAGGAAGCACACUGACAAGGUUCAGACCCUAAAAUUCCAUCCUUUUGAGGCUCAGACUCUUAUAUCUGGAUCCUAUGACAGAUCGGCCGUUUUGUACGACUGCCGAAGUCCAGAGGACAGCCAUCGAGUUUGGAGGUUCAGUGGGCAGGUUGAGCGGCUUGUGUGGGAUCACUUUUCGCCUUUCAACUUCCUGGCGAGCACAGAGGAUGGGUUUGUCUACUCUUUAGACGCACGUACUGAUAAGCCACUGUUCACGCUCAGGGCCCAUGAUGGAGAAGUCUCAGGUAUGGACCUGAGUAGCCAAGUAAAAGGAUUCCUGGUGACCUCCUCAGCUGAUAAACAUGUGAAGAUCUGGGAUGUUCUCAGCAACAAACCCAGUCUUGUUCAUUCCCGGGACAUGAAAAUGGGAGUGCUGUUUUGUGCAGCCUGUUGUCCUGACCUCCCCUUCGUGUAUGCAUUUGGAGGACAGAAGGAUGGCCUUCGGGUGUGGGACAUGACUGAUGUCACAGCAGUCACUGAAGUGUUUGGAAGCAGGGAGCGGUUGGUAGCCAACACCUCAACAGUGGCCUCCAGCAGCAGCAGCACAGGCGAGAUGGAGGUGUCCUGAUGCUGAUCCCUCAACCUGGACAUUUGCUUCAUUCCUACUACCAAACUUGGACACCUGCAGAGCAAGAGACUUUGCAGGACAAAAAGGACCAUUUGUUGAACUGUAACUAGUGACACUGUGUUAAAGGAUCAUGAAAAUGAGGACCUUUUAAAGAAGAUUUUUGUCUGGGGGAAAAAUGUAAGACAUUUUCCUCAGAAGGUAACAUGGCUCCUCAAUGAUUAAAUCAUACCCGUAUAUUUCAGGUAUGCUGGUGUAAAGAGACCGUGGUGAAUGCCAUCACUGGUUAUAUGAGCGAAGAUGUAGUAGGUUGGCAAAACCUAGUCUAUGUACAUUUUAUUUUUAAACAUUGCAUUGGUCUUGUAUCGAUGAAUCCUAGUGCAUAUUUCACUGUAAGACAAUAAAAUGGGAAAUUGUUAACCACAUAACUAACCACA